ACACUGAUUGCUUCAGCAAAACAGCAUCUACUAGAUGAUCCUAACUAUACAAAGAAGAAGCUUCAAUUUGAUCAUGUGUGGCCUAUUCUCAAGGAUGCUGAAAAAUGGACCGAUAAUGGUAGAAGUUCAACUAAACCACGACAAAAAAAUUACUCAAGUGAAGGAUAUGAAUCAACGUCUCGCACAUCACAAUCGUCAGGUACAUUACCAUUUGAUGUCGAUUUGAAUGCAGAUGAAGACGAACAAGAGCUGUUUAGUGAUGAACUUGCCUCACCUCAUCGGCCUAUUGGUGUAAAGAAAGCAAAGCUGAAAAGGAAAGAGUUGAAUGAGAAGACUAAGAUUGCUCAACAAGUGAAAGAAUCCAACCAAGAACUGAAGAAGUUACUUGAAAAAAGCUUGUUGGAGAGAAAUGCUUUUUCCUCUAAGCAUGAGGAAUGUGCAUCUCAAAAAUUAGCUAUUCAACGUCAACAUGAGGAGAGCAAGAUCAUGCUUACUAGUUUGGAUUCAAUUACAUAUCCAGAAGGACGUGAUUACUUAGAAUGAAAAAAAACUGAAAUAAUAGAGAGAAGAGCUCGUGAGUCCCAACUACAACAAUCACCUACAACAUUUGGCUAUGGUAAUUUUGGAUAUGGACAACACUAUGGAGGAGGAAGUGGUGGAUAUGGACAGCAUUAUGGAGGAACAGCUGGAUAUGGUGAAAUUCCUCAUUAUGGAGGAAGUGGUGGAUCUGGAACAAGUGGUGCACAUGCAGGAGUGCAGCAAUUCUGUGGUAGCAGUGGAUCCAAUACACAUGGUGGAUAUGGAGGAAUGCAGAACAUGGAGGAAGUAAUGAUAGUCUACUGGAAUACUAACUGUGGUGAUUAAUAGUUUUAUUUAUAUUUAUAUUAUCAUUUUGUUAUUUUGUUUUAUGUAAGUGUGUGUGGUACUUUUUCGGAGCUCAGAGCUAGUCUCCGAGAAGAUUUUGAAGAGGCCAUUAUUUAAUAUUGUAAUUUUCAAAAUUUUAUAAUAUAUUAUCUCUUAUAAAAACAUAAUUCAUGAUUAUGUAUUAAAAUAAUUUAGCCCAAAUAUAUUCAAUAUUACGCUCAAAUGAAAGAUCUAAAUGUGAACUUCACAAUGGUAUAGUUUUUAUUAUUGAAAAAUUUUUAGAAAUAAAAUUUCACGAGAAAAGGAAAUUGUGAUUAAAACCGAAAAAGGACACAAAUGGAAUAAAAAUUCUGUAAGUUGAAUGAAGAGGGGUAAAAGAGGAAUAAAAGAAUUAAACAAUAAAAUAUUAUAUAGAGAU